AUGUCGCCUGUGGACGACACGGUGAUAAUAGUCGGGGCCGGUCUCGCUGGUCUCGUCGCGGCACAUGAGCUGACCAGAAAGAACAUCCACGUCACAUUUGUAGAGCAGGAGAACGAGAAGAAUCUCGGUGGCCAGGCAUUUUGGUCUCUGGGUGGACUGUUCCUGGUCAACUCCGCCGAUCAAAGGAGCAAGGGCAUCAAAGACAGCCGCGAACUUGCUUACAAAGACUGGCUGGGCACGGCCAAAUUCGACCGAGAGAAAGAGGACAUCUGGCCCCGGCGCUGGGCAAAAGCAUAUGUUGACUUUGCGACGGAUGAGAAGGAGCGGUAUCUGAAGAACCUGGGUCUGAAGUUCCUCACCGUGGGCUGGGCGGAACGCGGCGCUUCGGCCGCUGGAGGACAUGGAAAUUCCGUCCCAAGAUUCCAUUUGACCUGGGGCAUUGGCCCUGAGCUUGUCCGCAUAUUCGCAGAACCCGUCAAAGCGGCCGCGAAGAAAGGGCUCGUUACUUUCAAAUACCGACACCAGGUCGACGAGGUGAUUGUGGACGAGUCGACCGGGGCCGCGGUCGGCGUCCGUGGGAGUGUUCUCGAACCCAGCGAUGCCGAGCGAGGAGUGGGAAGCUCACGAACCGUCGUGGACAAAUUCAACCUUCGCGGCAGAGCUGUCAUCAUCUCGACCGGAGGUGUGGGUGGCAAUCCAGACCUGGUCAAGAAGAACUGGCCGGUCCACCGAUUAGGCCCCGUGCCCAAAUAUUUCGUGCAUGGCGUGCCCGCGCACGUCGACGGCCGCGGCGUCGAGAUCGCCGAAGCAGCGGGAGCGAACGUCAUCAACAUGGACCGCAUGUGGCACUACACCGAAGGCCUGGCGAACUGGAAUCCGAUCUGGGCCGCCCACGGCAUCCGCAUCAUCCCCGGGCCAUCGACGCUGUGGCUCGACGCGACCGGAAAACGACUCCCAGCACCCCUGUACCCGGGCUGCGACACGCUGGCGACCCUCCAACACAUCGGCACCACCGGCUACGACUACACGUGGUUCAUCCUGAACCGACAGAUCGUCAGCCGGGAAUUCACGCUGUCGGGCUCGGAGCAGAACCCGGACAUCGCGUCCAAGAACUACCUGAAACUCCUGCACCGCGCCUUCACGCGCUGGGGCACCUACCCGGUACAGGCGUUCAUGAAGCACGGCGCGGAUUUCGUCGUCGAGAAGGACGUCGCCUCGCUCGUGAAAGGCAUGAACCGGCUGAGCGCCGAACGCGACGGACCCGUCCUCUCGGAGAGCGAUGUCCUCGCACAGAUCCAGACCCGCGACGAACAGACCCAACACGCGUACAGCAAGGAUCCGCAGAUCAUGCUGAUCAAGAACGCGCGCGACUACAGCUCGGAUAAGGUGCGCAUCGCGAAGCCGCAUCCGAUCCUCAAUCCCUCGUCGGGUCCCCUGAUCGCCGUGCGCUGUAACAUCAUCACGCGCAAGAGCCUUGGAGGUCUCGAGACGAAUCUUGAGAGUAAAGUGAUGCGCCCGGACGGAACGCCUUUCCCGGGCCUGUAUGCCGCGGGCGAGGCGGCGGUGGUGUCCAUGGGUAUAGCUCGCUUGAGGGCACGUUUGUUGGCGGCUGUGUGUUCUCAGGUCGUGCUGCCGGCAGGGCCAUUGCUGCGUCGCUUGCUGGUGGAGUGGGUCUUCAGGCGAAAUUGUAGCGUUGCUUUACAAGUGUAG